UCCGCUUACCUAAGGCAAUUUGUUGCAUUUUAGGAAGCCAUUAUCACAAUCAAUUUACUAAAGACCUAAUCUCGCUCCAGUUCCUUCUUUCCAUCGAAGCGAGAAAUAGCGUCAUAAAAGAAAAAAAAGAAAAAUAAGACUAAACAGCAAAAAGCGUCCGGUGGGUAUAUAUAAGACAGCCAGCGGGAGGGGCGUUCAAGUCUCCCUGUCCGCGCGGUGUCGACAGGACCGUGGAAAUAUUGCAAACUUUGCAUAAGAACAACAGCUACAAAUUCCGGCAGUUGAGGAGGCAAGUUACCGGCAGCACUUGUGGCCUGCAUUGGUUGCGAAAGAUUUCCAACCACAAGGUCUUUUCCCCUGCAGGAUGAGGAGCGUGUUUCCCGCGUGCCUGGUGUUGUGGGCGGCGCUCACUGGGCUGGCGGCCGGCGAUGCAGACUCGGAUAGAGUGAAGCGGCAAGUUUUCCGACCUCAGCAGGGAGGCGUUGGUCGACCACAGUCCUUCAGGGUGUCGGGCCCCCAGAGGUUCGAAAAAGACCCGAUCACAGGGCAGUUCGUCCCCGUGGGCGACAGAGACGGCCUCACAGGGACAGGGAUUUCAGGGUUGAACCAGCUGCCGUGGCUGGGCCAGGUGGUCGGCCCCAACCUCACCCUCGCCCUCAGCACUGCCAGCCCCAACGUGGCCAGCUUUGCCAGGAGCACCAACUUCCAGAUCGCGCGAGACCAGCCUGACCUCAUGUACCAGGAAUGUCGGACCCCAGACAACCAGUACGGCCGCUGCAGACACUUGGUAUACUGCAUGUUACCGGAGUUCACCAGUUACCAGGCGUUCUUGCCUUACGGGUGUCCUAUUCAGGGCAGAUACGUGGGUGCGUGCUGCCCCCGCCCGGGACCCGCCGUCGCCCCGGGGUUCCCUCCCGUCCCCGGCCAGACCACCAACUUCAAUGCCUGCGGAGUAAGGACCGACACCCGCAUCGUGGGCGGGGUGGCCGCACAGAAAGCGGAGUUCCCUUGGGUGGUGGCAGUGAUGCGGACGGACGCCAAUCCUAACCAGUACUGCGGCGGCGCUCUCAUUUCCAACAGACACGUUCUCACGGCCGCUCAUUGCCUCUCCGGGUUCGACUGGAGCACCAUUUGGGUUCGCGUGGGCGAGUUCGACUUCCGUCGAAAUGACGACACCCCGCACAGAGACGUCCGAAUCGCGGACUUCCGUCUCCAUAGCAACUUUAACAGCCGGACCUUCGAGAACGACAUCGCCCUGCUGAUCCUCGAACAGCCAGUCGAAUUCAACAACCACGUGCGCAGGAUCUGUCUUCCUCCUGCCGGGGAUUCCUUCAUCAACACGCGUGCGACCGUCACGGGCUGGGGCGCGCUGGCCUAUCAGGGUCCCGUAUCACCUGUGCUGAAUAAGGUCGAGCUGCCCAUCUGGGACAACGAGCGCUGUGACGCAGCCUACGACCAGCCGAUCCGGUCGACCAUGCUGUGCGCAGGACUUCCUGAGGGCGGCCAGGACUCGUGUCAGGACGAUAGCGGAGGCCCUCUUAUGGUGCAACAUAAUAAUGAGUGGACCGUGGUUGGGAUUGUGUCCUUCGGAACGCGCUGCGCCGAGCCCGGGAAGCCAGGCGUCUACACGCGGGUCAACAGCUUCCUCGACUGGAUCAGGAGCAACGCUUAAGGUGCGGGGGGAGAGGAGGCGGCUGGAGGUGGCGACGGAGAAGAGCACGAAAGAGGAAGAGGGGAUUGCAGAAGAAAAGGAUGUAAAUUGGAUGAAAAGGGAAGAAGAAAACGUGGAUUAACCAUUGGUACAACUAUAUUAUACAAGGGAAUGGAAAGAAAGGAAUAAGGAGGAAGGGCACAUGGAGGGAUGAUGAAAGUAGAACGAAGAAGGGAAAUGUAAAUUACCAGACGAGCAGAUGUAAAAUUAAUUUAAUAACAUCCCCUAAAUUUAGGAAAAAAUAGCGAGGCUGACAAAAUUUCCUCAUUUUCAGAUAGUUGAAAAAAUGCGCCAAGUGCUCUGUAUACGCAUGCUUUAGAAAUGGCAUUAGAGUAACCAAAAGAGUUGAAAUGUGUUCGAUGUCUUUAUCAAGUAGUUAUCUCAUACAGUGUACAUAUACAUUUUGCUAUAAAUGUUUUCUGUAAGUGAAGUGACUACAUUAACGCCUCUCAUUCAAGUGAACACAAUAAACGGAGAAGGGAACAAA